AUGAUCAAAAUAGAGGCAGUGGUGCGCCCGGAACGGGUCAACGUGGUGCUGGAGGCCAUGGUCGAGGCUGGCUGCCGCGGCUAUAGCUACUACAACGUGACCGGGCGCGGACAGCAACAAGGGGUUGAGGUCUUCACGGGCCGGGGCGGUCAGGUGAUGAGCCGCGCAUCUGUGCCGAAGACGGUAAUCGUCACCGUUGUGCGCGAUGACCAGAAAGAUGCCGUGAUAGGCGCGAUCCUCAGUUCGGCGCGGAGCCAGGGCGAGGGCGCCAUCGGCGACGGCAAGAUCUUCAUCACUCCGGUUACGGAGGUCGUGAGGAUUCGCACGGGCGAGCGGGACUCCGCCGCUCUCUAG